AUGGAGACUGCCAAGAACGCGGCCAACUAUGUCUCAGAGUCCGUCAAGGGCACUGGUCAUGAGACUUCCAAGGAGGCCAACAAGAAUGUCGCGAAGGACUCUGAUGUAGGCAUUGGCAGCCGUGCUAGUGCCGCAAAGGACGCUCUGAAGGAUAAGACCAAAGAGGAGAAGCACGACGCCAAAGCUGAUGCUCACAAAGAGGCCGCUAAGCACUAA